CUUGUUGCACAGGGUCAGCUGGACAUGGAGGGUGCCCUGACUGCCAGGGACCGGGUGGGGAUCCAGGAUUUUGUCCUUCUGGAUGAUACCACAGAGGCAGCCUUCCUCAGCAACCUCAAGAAACGUUUCAGCAAGGAUCUCAUCUAUACCUACAUUGGAACUUUGUUAGUGUCAGUCAAUCCCUACAAAGAGCUGGACAUCUACAAUAAGAAACAGAUGGAUCUCUACAUGGGUGUCAACUUUUUUGAGCUUCCACCACACAUCUACGCCUUGGCAGACAAUGCCUACCACACCAUGCUGACAGAGUUCAACAAUCACUUCAUCCUCAUCUCUGGUGAGAGUGGAGCAGGGAAGACUGAGGCCUCCAAGAAGAUCCUGCAGUAUUAUGCUGUCAGCUGUCCGAGCACCACUCUACUGAACACUGUCAGGGACAAAAUGCUCAUGUCCAACCCUGUCCUCGAGGCUUUUGGGAAUGCCAAAACACUGAAAAAUGACAACUCAAGUCGGUUUGGGAAGUACAUGGACAUUCAAUUUGACAGCCAGGGGGAUGCUGUCGGAGGCCAUAUCCUGAACUACCUGCUGGAGAAGUCGAGGGUCGUGCAUCAGAAUCAUGGGGAGAGAAACUUCCACAUCUUCUACCAGCUAGUGGAGGGAGGAGAGGAGGACCUGCUGCACCAGCUGGGCCUGGAGAGAGACUGCCAGCAUUACUACUAUCUAACCCAAGGAGAGUGUGCCACUGUGUCUUCCAUUAAUGACAGAAAUGACUGGAAAACAGUCAAAAAUGCACUGCAAAUCAUCAACAUUGAUCAGAUUAACACUAAUCACUUGUUUGGGAUUGUUGCAAGCGUCCUCCAUUUGGGGAACGUUCAGUUUGACUCGGACAGUAAAGGCCAUGCCCUCCUGAACAACAACGCAGAGCUGCGCUGGGUCUCAAAUCUACUAGGUAUUGAUGCUCACAGUCUCCAAGAGGGCUUGACAUACCGGAAGAUUGAAGCCAAAAAAGAUCAGGUCCUCAGCCCAUUCACAACUGAUCACGCCAUCUAUGCCAGAGACGCACUGGCUAAAGCCAUCUAUGGACAGACCUUCACCUGGCUGGUCAACAGGAUCAAUGAGUCCAUGGAGAACAAGGACCCCUCAAGAAAGACUGUAAUAGGGCUUCUGGAUAUAUAUGGGUUUGAGGUGUUCUAUGUAAACAGUUUUGAGCAGUUCUGUAUAAACUACUGCAACGAGAAACUGCAGCAGCUUUUUAUCCAGCUGACUCUCAAAGCUGAGCAGGAAGAAUAUGAAGCAGAGGAUAUUGAGUGGGAGCCAGUACAAUUCUUCAAUAACAAGAUCAUCUGUGAUCUGGUUGAGGAGAGACACAGAGGAAUCAUAUCAAUACUGGAUGAGGAAUGUUUGAGACCAGGAGAUGCCACAGAUCUCACUUUCCUGGAGAGACUGGAAGAGAAGAUGGGAAACCACCCUCACUUUGUCACGCACAAACUGGCUGACAAAAUGACACGUAAGACUCUGGAGAGGGGAGAUUUCCGUCUCUUGCACUAUGCUGGGGAGGUCACCUACUGUGUUGUGGGUUUCCUGGACAAAAAUAAUGACCUGUUAUACAGAAACAUAAAAGAUCUGAUGUGUCAGUCAAAAAAUGCCAUAGUCAGAGAGUGCUUCUCCACCAUGGAUCCAGACAGCAGGCGAAGACCAGAAACAGUGGCGACCCAGUUUAAGAGCAGCCUGCUGAAGCUGACAGAGAUCCUCAUGGCUAAAGAGGCCUGGUACAUACGCUGUCUUAAAUCCAAUGAGUCCAAGCAGCCAGGUCAAUUUGAUGAAGCCCUGAUCAGGCACCAGGUGAAGUACCUGGGCCUGAUGGAGCACCUCAGGGUCAGACGAGCUGGUUUUGCUUACAGGCGCAAAUAUGAAGUCUUCUUAAAGAGAUAUAAACCGCUGUGCCCGGCCACUUGGCCUCACUGGAGAGGAGUGCCUGCCGAUGGAGUGGAAGUGCUGGUUCAGCAUCUGGGCUACCUGCCAAAUGAAUACAAAAUGGGGCGUACCAAAAUAUUCAUCCGUCAUCCAAGGACACUUUAUGCGACAGAGGACGCUUAUGAGAAAUGUAAACAUGAACUCGCAACAAGACUCCAGGCCAAAUACAAGGGAUACAAGGCGAAAGGAGAAUUCAGAAAACAAAAAGAAGCUGCCACUAAGAUUGAAACUUGUUGGAGAGGAGUGCAGGCGAGGAAGGAGAGAGAGAAGCGUGCCUGGGCUGUAAAAGUCAUCAAGAAAUUCAUCAAAGGUUACAUGACCAGAGGGCAAGCAAAAACCACAGAUAACUCAGAGUACCUGGCCUUUGUGAGACAAAGUUACUUGAACCGGCUCAAGGACAAUCUGCCGAAGACUGUUUUGGAUAAAACCACCUGGCUUUCCCCACCAGCUGUGCUCACUGAGACAUCCGAGAUUCUGCGCAAGCUUCACUAUCGUCUAAUGGUGCGGAAAUACGUAAGAGGAAUCACACCCCAGAGAAAAGCACAGCUUCAGCUAAAGCUUGUCACCAGCACCAUCUUCAAGGGCAAAAAGGACAGCUAUCCACAAAGUGUCGCUCAACCUUUUGCAGACACUAGAAUCAGUGAACAAGACAUAAACAUGAGGGUUCUCCAGAUGAUUCGCAAUGAGCACAUCAAGUACAGCAUCUCAGUAAUCAAGUAUGACAGGAAUGGUUUCAAACCAAGGCCGCGACAGCUCAUCCUCACCCAGACAGCUGCCUAUGUGGUAGAGGAAGCCAAGAUCAAACAGAGAGUGCUGUACACCUCUCUCAAAGGUAUUUCAGUCAGUAAUUUGACUGAUGGCAUGAUUGUAUUCCACAUAACAUGUGAGGACCCUAAACAGAAGGGGGAUCUGGUGAUGCAGUGUGACCACUUGUUUGAGUUUAUAACGAAACUCAGUGUUAUUGCUAACAAACAAAAUGCGGUCAAAGUGGUUCAGGGCAGUAUCAAGAUUGAAAUCCAGGCAGGGAAAGAGGGUGCAGUGGACUUCAGCACCGGGCAGGAGCCCAUGGUAUACAAGGCCAAGAACGGACACCUGAUGGUGGUUGCCACUCGGGCUCGGACACGGUAA